AUGUAUGCAGAAUACAACACCAUACACGUAAGGGCCGUGCUGUACGACCGGAAGUGGGACUUCGAAGACCUUGUCAAAGAUGGCGAUGUCCUGGCUGUGUACAAGGCGACCACGAGGGCAACGUGUUCCAGUUACUGUCUGGCCUGGCAAUGUCACUCAUUCUUUUUCAACAAUCUGACGUUCGAGUGUCGGCUUCUGAACAACACAUUUUCUACCAACACGGGAUCGGCCACAGCUCUUGGCUCUACAUAUUUUACCAUUUCACAAGGCGACGCUGUGCCCGCCGCUCCAUUACCUGGAGGCUGCUCCCCAUCGGCUCUGAGCGACGGGUUCACCUACGAUGCCACUAGUGGACUCUGCUUCAAGAUUCACAACAACAAUGUGGACUGGACCCGAGCCAAGACUGACUGUACAGAUGAAGGCUAUCGACUGAUUGUGCUGAAUAAUGCGCUGAAGGCGGAUUUCAUGGCCAACCUAUUGGAUUCAGAUUCAGACUACACCAAUGAUGGUUACUGGAUGGGGCUGUCACAAGUUAACGACUGGGAAGAUGGCACACCUCUGACAUACAACAACUGGUUCGAUUUGUUCCAGAUACUCAACACUGGUAAAUGUGGCCUGCUCUACCGGGUCAACAACUAUAAGUGGAAGUCCGAGCACUGCAACUCUGCCAGAGGCUUUAUCUGUGAGGCGGCCUAGAGAGGCAAACGUGGUAGGGUGCAGUCUAGAUAAACCAGACACCUACUGAAGUUGACUACCCAUAGAACUUGGUUUCCUUCAUCUUUACAACUUCUAAAAUGCCAUUCAAAGAACUUGUUUGUUUUGUAAGAUGGCGGCAGUUGCAAAACGCCUCAACUUCAUGAUUAUGAACUGUUGUGCUGAAAGACUGACUACAGAGGGAAAUCCUGUCUAGUUCCAGAAAGCCUUCCGAAUUGUCUUGAAACGGAAGUUCUGAUAUAAAUGACAUGGGAAGGAUUUGACGUUUGGGAAAUAAGUGCGUGCGUGCGUGCGUGCGUCUUAUUAGCAUGCAACGGGGUGUACAGUAAACCCCAUUUCAAGCCUGUUUCAAACAAUGUCAAUCUGCGUUUUCUGAAAAUACACUGAGGGAUUC